ACACACGCGGCGGCUCGGGAGGCGGCGGCAGAGGCAGCGGCAGCGCCAGGCGCCGCCGGGACGGGCAAGGGCUCGCGGGCUCCGCCAGGCGCCGGCCGCCUCUCUCAUUCGCUCUCUUGCUUUCUGACCCGCGGUGGGGCCGGGCUCGCCCCAGUGCACUCGAGAAGCCCGCAGCUGGCGGAGGCUCGCACGGGGCAGGGGCGCGCUCCGCGAGGGUGGGGGCGCUGGGUGCGGGUGUGCACGGCGGGGGGCGCCCGGCCUUCCGCUCUAGGCGGCCCCCGGGCCCUAUGAGACUCGUCUGUGAGGGGCGCGAGAUCCGAAGCUCGGCCGGCGCGCAGCAGGGGCGGAGGGCUGUGCAACAGCGGCCAGAGCCGGGCGGCGGCCGGCAGGAGGCGGCGGCUGCGAGAACUUGAACUUGGCGACCGGUGCCCCGCACGCCCCCCACCGGGGCAGAGGCGCUGCGGGACUGGGCGGCAGUGUUGUCCCCCGAAUGGCCGCGGCGGCGGACGGGGCUCGCGCGCCGCGGCCCUAGGCGGCCCUUCGCCAUGGCCAAGUGGCUGAACAAGUACUUCAGCUUAGGCAACAGCAAGACCAAGAGUCCACCGCAGCCGCCGAGGCCGGACUACCGCGAGCAGCGGCGCCGGGGUGAGCGGCGCGAGCAGCCCCCGCAGGCCGUGCCGCAGGCCUGCUCUGCGUCCUCGGCGUCCUGUGGGUCGGCCGCCGCCUGCUUCUCCGCCUCGUCGGGCUCUUUGCCCGACGACAGCGGCAGCACGAGUGACCUCAUCCGCGCCUACCGCGCGCAGAAGGAGCGCGACUUCGAGGACCCGUACAACGGGCCGGGCUCGUCGCUGCGCAAACUGCGCGCCAUGUGCCGCCUGGACUACUGCGGCGGCGGCGGGGACCCCGGCGGGGGCCAGCGCGCCUUCACGGCGGCGGCAGGCGCUGCGGGCUGCUGCUGUGCGGCGGCGGGAGCGGGCGCCGCCGCGUCCUCAUCCUCAUCAUCCGGCUCCCCGCACCUCUACCGGAGCAGCAGCGAGCGGCGGCCGGCCACGCCGGCGGAGGUGCGCUACAUCUCCCCUAAGCACCGACUCAUCAAAGUGGAGAGCGCGGGCGCUGCGGGGGACCCUCCGGGAGGCGUGUGCUCUGGCGGCCGCACCUGGAGCCCGACGACCUGCGGAGGCAAAAAAUUGCUCAACAAGUGCGCCGCCGAGGAGACCGGAGCUGGUCAGAAAGACAAGGUGACCAUAGCAGAUGACUACUCUGAUCCCUUUGAUGCCAAGAACGACCUCAAGAGCAAAGCAGGAAAGGGUGAGAGCGCUGGCUACAUGGAGCCCUACGAAGCCCAAAGGAUCAUGACAGAAUUCCAGAGGCAAGAGAGCGUCCGGUCACAACACAAAGGCAUCCAGUUGUAUGACACCCCGUAUGAGCCGGAAGGCCAGAGCGUGGACUCAGACUCAGAGAGCACUGUGAGCCUUCGGCUUCGGGAGAGCAAGCUACCCCAGGACGACGACAGGCCUGCCGACGAGUACGACCAGCCGUGGGAAUGGAACCGGGUCACCAUCCCCGCCCUGGCAGCCCAGUUCAAUGGCAACGAGAAACGGCAGUCCUCCCCGUCGCCUUCUCGAGACCGACGGCGUCAGCUCCGUGCCCCGGGAGGAGGCUUCAAGCCCAUCAAACACGGCAGCCCUGAGUUCUGUGGGAUUCUGGGAGAGAGAGUGGAUCCCACCAUCCCACUGGAGAAACAAAUAUGGUAUCACGGAGCCAUCAGCAGAAGUGAUGCCGAGAACCUUCUGCGACUCUGUAAGGAGUGCAGCUACCUUGUCCGGAACAGCCAGACCAGCAAACACGACUACUCCCUCUCCCUGAAGAGCAACCAGGGCUUCAUGCACAUGAAACUGGCCAAGACCAAAGACAAGUAUGUUCUGGGUCAGAACAGCCCCCCUUUCGACAGUGUCCCGGAAGUCAUCCACUACUACACCACCAGGAAGCUACCCAUCAAGGGGGCCGAGCACUUGUCCCUCCUCUACCCAGUGGCUGUGCGGACUCUGUGAAAAGACCAGCCUCACCCUGCUCUGUGACCAACCACCGACCAGCCCUCUGUGCUGCCAGCCGUGUCCAGUGUGUGUCGUGUGUAUGGUACAAGCACACCACUGCAUGUCUUAGGAUGCUGUCGCCACUUACAGGGUUGGAGAAGGCCUGGAUGAAGGGGGGCAGCCUGCUGCCACACCACCCCAGCCCCUACCCCAUCCCCUCUGUGAAUUAAAGUAUUUGCAAUCCAAAGAGAUGCCUUCCAGGGUGAACAAAGGUGGAGCUGCUCCAGAGGUGGGCGGGGCCCUGCGGUGGGUGGGGCGGAGCCCUGGCCUGCAUCUCUCUGUUCUCCAGUUGUCAGGAACUCACCUGUGUAUGGGCAAGGUUUUCCCAUUGGUGCUGGGAGCCCAGGAGGCCCUGGGAGCCACCCUCUCUGGUCUAUGUCUGUGUUACUGGGUGUGCAUAUUGAGUGUACACAAGAGACCAUGUCCUAAGCCGGAGUAAGCCCCCAUCUACUUUUAGAUGUUCACUCUGUAAUCGUUAGAUGUCAAGGAACCAUUGUGCAGACAAAGAGGGCGCAAUUAUUUAUGGAUAUGAUAGGGUGUGUAAAUAAAAUAGUCAUUUAAUAUA